AAGUUGAAUGACGAACUACCUACCGGAAUGAAUCCAGCACUGAAAGCAGAUGUUUCUUUUCAUCCGGAUCUGAGAGGGGGUCGAAGUCUCCUUCCCAUUCUGUUGUCUCCAUCUUGGGACACAUAUCUUGACGUAUGAUACACGAGAUUGGAACCACGUUAAGAACUCGGAACGAGUUAGAAUUGUUGUUGUUCUUGGAUCCUAUGCGGGUCCAAAAUUGCGUAGGAGAAUUGAAAGCGUGGGAUAGAUAUCUCGCAACGCGACACACUCACACAACACAAUGACUACCACGGUAGCCAACAGUGACGCAUCGCACACGCCUAUCGAGAUCUCGGUACCCCUCCCCAAAGCUCCACGAACAGACAUCAAUCUCCGGCUCCACGAUAACGGGCCAAACAUCACGCUCUUCCUCACCACAUCCACUCCUGAUGCAGCGGCUUCAGUACCUCUAGGAUCGCUGGUGUAUGCUAUGCCAAAUGUACGUGCACGCGAACCUUGCUGCUGCUGCGUUCUAGCCAAGGCUGACGUCGUACUACAGAGAGCUAUACCGAGCCAGCCUCUUAGCACACCACUCUUCACGCACAGCGCAACCAUCGACUUCACGACACGGCUCUCGAAGGUACUCGCGCGCAGAACUGGCAAGCCAAUCUACGUUAGCAGCUCGAUGAGUUUCGCGAAUGCCGGCAUGGGAGGUACCGUCGAGGAGGAGAUGGAAGGUUUCAGACGUGUCGUUGAAACCGUCAUGGGAGCACUAGACAAGAAGGACGAAACGAUGAAGUGAAUAGAAGAGCGAGAAACGUGACAGACGUCAACAUAAGCUGGGAAACUCUAUGAAGGAUGGUCAUCCCACCUGUGCCACCCAAUGACACCAAUAAAAGAGCAGCAGGCGCCUCCGCUCCUCUUACGUGCGACGACAAUUAUCUAGGAAAAUUCGCAAGGAAACCUCACCGUC